CUCCAAUCUUCCUCGUUCUUUUACUUUACUCUCUGUUGGUUGAUAUAUCAAUUGAUAAUUUGAUGUUUACUCUUGGAUUAGGUCAGUAAUAUCGAUAUCACCCUUUUCUUGUGCCCAAUUUAUUUGACGAAGCCAUGAAUGGUCACUUACUGGAUUUCAACCUGCAUCCUGAAUGUGAUAUUCAAAUUAUCUACAUAUGGUUUCCUCAGAAUGGCAUAGUAUGUACAAAGGCUUACCAAGUUUCUGAUUCAUCACUGGAAUAGUAUAGAUCUCAGGCGUGAAAAUCAAUUUAUUAUAAAGUGUGCCCAAGUUUCCGCAUUCAUUUUCAAAUUGUCGGAGGCAUCAAAUGUGAACAGAGGUUUAUUUCCAAUUGUGCACAAGUUUCUUAUUCAUCAAGUCCAUCUGAAUGGUGUACAUCUCAUAUGUAAACAGAACCAUUUUAAAAAGUGUGCCCAAGUUGCGGAUUCAUCAUCAGAAUGGUAUAGAUCCGAUGCGAACAUCGAUCUAUUAUAAAGUGUGCCCAAGUUUCCGAUUCAUUAUCAAAUAGUCAGGAGUCUCAGAUGUGAACACAAGUUUAUUUCCAAUUGUGCCCAUAUUUCUGAUUCAUCAAGUCCAUCUGAAUGGUAUAGCUCUCAUAUGUAAAACCCGAGCAUUUCACAAAGCUGAUCGAGUGUUUGAUUAGCUCUUAUGUGAACACAAGCUUUUUACAGAGUGUAUUCGUUUCUUAUUCAUCAUGUCUGUCAUUAUUUUACCCAUAGUAGAAAGUAUGCCUGGCCCGAGUGUUUCGCUAUUGCCUAGAGCAAUUAAUUUCUAUUUCUGUCAGUCACUCCAAGACAUUGCACUAACAAAGAUUGCAGUUUUGAUAUGCACCAGCUCUGAGAUGGUAGCAUUCAGAAAAAAUUUUAGAAGUGGACAAUUCAAUGAUUACUUAUUCCUGAGUUACCAUGAUGACCGUAGUCAUGAAAAUCUAAAAAGAGUUAAAGAAAAAUCUAUAGAAAUGUGCUCCAGGCUGUCUUUACCUCAGGAUUUCAAAGAAAAAGUUUUGAGUAUGGUUGUGCCUAUCACUGUAGAGAUCGAGACAUGGAUAAAUGACCAUAAAGAAAUUAUAUAUCCAGCUUUUGAUUGUCAAAACUACUUUUAUUUCAAGUCUGAAGGACUCAUCGACCGAGAAAAGACUAUCGAUAUUCUGCUAAAACUUGAAACACUGCCAUUCUAUUACCGUUUUCGUCUUGCAUGCUUAUACUGCAAAGAAGACGAUGCAAGGUAUUUUUGGAGUAACAUGUCCGCUGAUGGAAAAAAUAAUUUCAAUUCAACUUCUUAUGACCAUAAUUCAAUUCUGGGUUACUGGCAGGCUCAAUUCAAUCUUAAAAGGAAAGACUUACGUUUAAAUACCUACAUUGGAAGAAAGAAGUUCUUCUUUAAUACAUUUAUUACCAAUGUAUCAGCUAUGCAGUAUUUAUGGAACAUGUUUCGGAAGAGAUAUUGCCUUUACCACAGAGAAGAAGGUGAAUUUUUGAAAUCGCAUCUUGAGAGAAGUUAUAUGUAUCCAGAUAUCAUACAUUUCUAUCUUGAGGAACUGGAUAAUGAACAUCGGUGCUCUUUACAAUUUUGGGCGGCCAGCGAUAUUGGUAAAGGUUUUUUAAACUGGCCUUACCAAAACAUGUUCUUAAAUUUAAAAGAAUUUCGUAUGGAAGCCGAUUUAAAACGCUUUUUGGAUCACAUAUUAAGAGAAAAAAUUGUACCGAAAUGCGAAGAUUAUAAUUAUUUCGAACUUAUGAAAACAAUUUGGGAACGAAUUUCUCCGCGUGAACGAUCUCACUUGAAAAGCAACCCAGCGCGGCAAUUUUUUCAAGCCAUAUUGUUUGCUCUUAAUCAGGAAAGCACUGAAUUGCUUACGAAGGAAUGGCUUCAGCAAAUGGAUAUUGAAAUGAGAUUGCAGUAUGACGCGUUGGCGGUGUCGGCAAGACGGGUUAUAUACCAUUAACUUCUUUUGUUUUAACUAAAAAGCUUAGCAUUAUAAGUGUAUUUCUGGAAUGGAAUUCUGGCAUUCUUAUUCUACUAUAUGGAGUUCUUCGAAUUUGUAUUUCUAUAUUUAGAGACAUUAAUAUUCAUUACUAACUUUUUUUCUUCUUUUUAUAACUUGAAGAUACUUUAAAAUGAAAACUUAAGUAAUGAAAUUUUAAAUGAAAACUAAAAGUAAUGAAAUUUUUAAAUGAAAACUGAAAGUAAUGAAAUUUUUAAAUGAAAACUAAAAGUAAUGAAGUUUUUAUUUCAUUACUUUUAGAUAUUAAUCUAAAGUAUGCUCCAACUUAGAGUCUAUUUUUACAAAAUAUCAUAUUUGUUUUAUCAUUGCUCUUUCUGAUGACAACUACUCUAAAGGAAAAAUUAUUUAUAGCAUUUUUUAACUUAAAUCUAUAUAUGUGCAACUGAAUUUUUUUUAAAAAUCAAUCAUUUAAAGAAAUAACACACGAUGAUAAUUAAAAAUAAAGAAGAGAUGGAGAUGAUAGACAAGAAUUCGAUUCUUUUAUGGAGGAAACGGAGUUAAUUUGAACUCCAAAUAGUUGCCAAUUAAAUGAAGUGACUGCUUGAAAUGAAAGAUAAGUACUUAAAAUGGAUUGGUGUGUAUGUAUGGAACAGAAAAUUCGUCCAUUCCAUUACACAAGUACAAAAAUCAUAAUCAUUUUAUUUAUUCUUCCAUUAGAAUUAGUAUUUCAUUCCAUAUUUGAUUACUGGUUAUGUAUACUUAAAUAACAGGGUACAGCAUGAUACCACAAUCAUGCAUAAUUCAUUGAGUUUAAAUUGUAAUAUUAAAUAUGAUUAAGAUAAUAAAAAAAUUAUAACCAAACGCUAGAAAGUUGCGUCCAUUUAUUUGCAGUGCCACCUUAGCAGACUAUUCCAACAAACUUGUUGAAAACACCUCAACUUUUAGUUCGCUUUUUGGUGGAAAUGAUUGCACCUGAUUUUCCCGAGUAAAAUUUCUUCCUUUCUUUUUCUUCAUUUUUAAUUAAUUUUGUGGGAAAAAUGUGCAGAUAAUAUUUUUCAUUCAUAUAUUUUCUGCAAUGAUGAUAUUGUUACGAUAAAAUACAAUCUCGAUCAAAUUUUAUUAAGAUAAAUAAAUUGUAUACCCUUAAUUAUUUGGGAAAAUGCAAUCUUUACAAAAACAUGGAACAAAACAAUGGAUACACAAAUUUUGUAAUUAAUGCAAAUUGUAUAUAACUGCAAUUAUAUUACAAAUACUUAUAUGUUUAUCCACAUAUGAGGAUCACUUCAAAGAUCCUCCAGGAGCUGCAAUGGCAGCCUGGCAACAUUUCAGCGCGUGUAAUCGUGACUGAUUUCUUGGAACCAGGCUAUGAUAAUGCUUUCCUGCAGUUUUAUCUCAGUAGUAAGAUUCAUUAGCAGAAAAUUUCGUACCCAUUAUAUGCAAACAAUUUUCAGUUGGAUUCAGGUCAAAACUAUUCCUAGGCCAGACCAAAACUUUAAUGCCCGAUUUUUUCAUAUAGACCUGCACCUGAAAUAAGGAAAUUGGGUGCGGGGGGGGGCUACUUUUUCCAAUAUCCGUAAUGUUGUGUUGAUGAAAUUUUGUAAAUUAGGCAACAAAAUCAUUCCAAAAUUCGUUGGAUUGUACAGUAGCGGGGAUAAAAAAAAAGAGCCACCCAGAUUUAUUUUGCAAUCUAUCAUCCUAUGUGAAAACUAGAAGUACUGUUUUAAAAGUGGUAAAUUAUAUCACUGUCUCACCGACCCGCCCGAAGGCACACGGUUAAAAUAACCGAACGAUCGGACCGUCGCAACAUCUCGUGGGAACUGCGGUUGAAUCCUAAGGGCCAUCACUGGCCACGAUACAACCCUUCUCUGAAGAAGUACGUCCCGUCAUCGAUGGGAGAAACCAGACCCCACCUUUUCGUGUACCCUCCAAGGUGGCGAGAUGCAACCACCAUGCCGGAGGCAUCUCAUCUUCCUUUCGAGGUGCCCCCCGGGGAAAUUUUUAAAGGUUGCAAGGAAUACUAAAAGAUACUGUUCCUAAAAUUUUCGUAGGGGUUGUCUACAUAUUUAUAAUUGAAAAAACUUUGAAAUUUCCUACAGUAACACUCGUUUUUGAUGUCCUAAAUAGAUUCACCAUGGAAAAAUACCCGGAGUACAAUUUUUUGGUUAAUAUACUAUGAUUGCAUCGAGGGUAUUUGACAUUUUCUGCUAAAGGGGUUGUUUCCAUAGAUGUGUAAGAUCUGUAGUAACUUUUGUUAUUUUUGUAGUUCUACAGAUUCUUUUAAAAUGCACAAUCAACAUGUUAAAAUCGAUUGCUAUUUCAUUCAUGAUGAAAUAAAUUGAAAAUUUUUGGAAUAAUUGUGUUUUCAGUAAAGAAAUAUUGAAGAGCGUUGAAAGUUUUGUUUAAAUUGCAUUAAUAAAAUAAAAUUAAACACACUUAUUAUUAUUUAGAAAUGUCAAUUUUAGUGUUAAAUAUUUAAUAUCGAUUCAAAGAGAAAAAUUUUAACUGGUUUUUAUUCUUUUUUGCGCUUUAUUCCUGCAUUUCUUUAUUAGUGUAUAUUAUUCCUAUACUACUCAUAAAUAGUUAGUGAUACGCCGCUUUAUUUUAUAAGCAUACAAAAAAAGUAGAGUAUUUCAUUCACUAAUAAAUGUAAAUCAGUUUCUUCCAUUCUUUACUGGCUAUUUAUUGCUCUAUGCAAAUGCUUUUCGAUUGUGAAAGAUUUCAUUAUACGAAGACACGUAUACAGUGUGUAUGCAUGUUACAGAUGUGAAAAGCAAAUUGCAGAACAUCACUCUAAAUGUUCAUCAGUAUCUGUAAUUUCCAUUAUUGUAGCACUUUUUUAAACUAUAUUACUUUACAUAUCUUGCUGCUUUUUAUAUAAAUAGAAGUUUUAAAAGAGAUAUCGUUGUAAGAAUUAAUAUAUAUAUAAUUGAAAGAAUAAUUAUAUGUAAAUAUGAGAGUCAGUAUUAUAUAUAAAUGAUUAUAAGAAUGGGUGUAGAGAUUGCAAUACCGGUACACCGGGAUACCGAAUACCGGUAUUUUCAACCAUUUAUACAAUUUUGUAAUACCGGUAUUCACAAGUUUAUAUACCGGUUUUUCGGUAUUUACUAGAAAUUUUUAUAAUUGUCUCCACUAUAUGUUCAGUUAUCGCCAACAUAACAAAAUAGUAUACGUUUUUGUUUUUAUGUCUCCCUAACGGGCGAAAUUAAUUAACUAAUUAAUGGCUUAAUUAAUUUCUUAAAUCUAAAUUAGCGAAACAUGGAUUAUCCCUGAAAGAAGAUAUUGUAUCCAUAACGACUAAUGGAGCAACAGUUAUGAAAAAAAGUUGGAAAGUUGAUAGGUGCAAAUCAGAAAUUGUGCUAUGCUCAUGGAAUUCAGUUAGGAAUAACAGAUGUAUUAUACCAAAAAAAUAAAGAACAGAAGAAUCCAAAUACUGUGGAUAUAGAAACUUCGGAUUCCAACUUUGAAGAGAGUAAGAAUGAGAGUGAUAUUGACAAUGAAGAUAAUAACAAUGUAAUUGUUGAAGAAGUUAUUGCUAAUGAGGAUGAAAUAUUAACACAUCAAGAAUUGCUUCCUAUAAUUUAUAAAGUUCGAAAAAUUGUUAAGAUAUUUAAACGUUCCUCUACAAAAGAUGACAAAUUAUUAAAAUACAUACUAACUGAAAAUAAAACAGAAUAUAUGUUAAUAUUACAUUUUAAAACACGUUGGCACCGUUUACUCCAAACAGCAAACAUCACAUUAGAACAGCACACAUCACUAUCUGAAGAUUUUAUAUUACAUUCAAAAUCGCACAGAAGAAAGGCAUAUCGAAAUAGAAAAUGUCUUAUGGUAUUUACAUAAUUAUAAUGAUUUUAAAAAUGAAAAAGAAGAAAAGAAAAUAACCAAUUCAAAUCUGAUUAAGUUUAUUGUAAAAUUUCUUAAAAUUUUUACCCACAAACCUAUCCACAUUCAAAAGAAUUCUGUUCAGUUAUUGAAGAUUAUGACACUAAUGCCGAUAGUGAAAAGGAAUUGUCUCUUGGACAAAAAUUAGAAUGAGCGAUAAAUAAGAAAAUGUCAACGAACCAAAAUACAAUACAGAAAUCAGCUAUAUCCAAAACCAUACGACGAGAAAUCGAUUUAUUUGAAGAUGAGGGAUUUAGAGAUAAAUACUUGGAAAAAGUAUAUCGCGCAUUGCUAACAGUACCACUAACUAUCAUAGAUGCCGAAAGAGCGUUUUUGACAGCUAGUAAUUUUUGCACAAAAUUACUUUUCAGGCUUAAUGACAGUACAAUCGAAGCAUUAUGUUUUUUAAGAUCACAUUUCACAAACUUGUAUUAGUACCACAGACUGAUUAGUGAUAUUUACAAUUUUUUGU